AUGGGGGCAGCAGCAGUACUACCAUAUCGGAAUCCAAAGGCGAUUUUGGAGUCGACCCAAACUUUGGAGUCGACUCAAACUUCCCAUCACCUCUGCCUCUCGCAGCUCAUUCCCGCGCUGCUCCUCACCUUCCUCGCCUUCCUCGCCUUCCUCGUCCUCCUGCUCUGCCCCAUCAUCUCAUUCCUCGCUCGCUUGCCCCUCGAACCCCUCAACCACACGCCGCGAGACGACGGCCUAUCACACUCCGCCACGUCAGAAAGCUCCCCGCUGCGGCUACUCCCACCUGCGCCCGUUGCCGCCGCGCUGCGGCUGGCCGUGGAAAAAAAUCGCCGCAGUGUACCGAGUCGCAUGCGCGGAGAAAUUUUAUUCAAGAAGUUUUUGCAGCAGUCAAAGGCGCCGCGCGACGCAAGAGAAGUGCUAGGAAAUGGCGAGUGGGCGGGUGGAGGGAGGCGGCAACUGGGGGAGGGCGAUGAUCUGGUUACCUCGGCACUGAAGGGGAGGCGGCAACUGGGGGAGGGCGGUGGGGACAUGCACGCGAGACUGGCACCGCUGUGGGACAUGGCGAGCCGCGUGGCGGUCAACGGGAGUGUUGUCAUCGUCUCCGUCAAUGCAGGCGAGUCAUAUGGCAUCGUGUCGCAUU